AUGCGCUCAUCCUCUGCUGUUCCCCCGUCAAGUCCUCCCAGAUCCUCUCCUCCUCCGCUACCCCGGGACGAACUCGAUGAUGACGACGACAUCAUUGAGCCUGACGAGGACCUCAUCCCUGAUCUAGAUGAUGCCGAAGAACAGCUGGAAGACGAUGCUGGUGUUGAUUUGUUCGGCGACAACUUUGAAAACGAUUACAGACGCCGCGAAGAUGAUUUCUAUGAAGGCCAGGAUAUCGACGACGAAGGAGAAUACGACGACUUGGAUCUAGCCGCCAGAAGACAACUCGAUGCCCGCCUCAAUCGUCGUGAUCGCGAGCUUGCUCGUCAAAGGAGACCGCAAGUAGCGUUGGACGAGGACGAAGACGACUUGAUGGAUCUGACCAGACAGCCUCGUAGGCGGCGACACAGAUACGACGAGGAACAGGAUGAUAUGGACAUGACCGAGGAUAUUAUGACCGAGGAGCUUUCUGCUGAAGGCCUGGCCGAUGUCAAAGCCUCUAACCUGACAGAUUGGAUUGCACAACCUGCCGUUCAUCGCGGUAUUGCUCGUGAGCUCAAGGCCUUCUUGACCGAGUUCGUCGAUGACAACGGUAUCUCCGUCUAUGGUGUCCGCAUCCGCAAUCUGGGUGAAAACAACGGCGAGUCUCUAGAAAUCGACUGGGAGCACCUGAGUAUGUCAAAGCCUACACUGGCAUACUUUAUCGCCAACGUACCCACCGAGACGCUCAAAAUCUUCGACCGUGUUGCCAUGGAAGUCACUCUCUACCACUAUCCUCUAUACGAAGCCAUCCAAUCCGAGAUUCACGUGCGAAUCAACGGAUUGCCCAUGUCCUACACUUUGAGAGAGUUGCGUCAGUCUCAUCUCAAUUGUCUUGUUAGAGUCAGUGGUGUUGUGACACGCCGUACUGGUGUGUUCCCUCAGCUCAAGUACAUCAAAUUUGACUGCACCAAGUGCGGAGUCACUCUGGGUCCAUUCCCACAAGACUCUAACUCUGAAGUCAAGAUCUCUUUCUGUCAAAACUGCCAGUCUCGAGGUCCUUUCACCGUCAACUCCGAGAAGACUAUCUACCGCAACUACCAAAAAAUUACUCUUCAAGAGUCGCCAGGAACUGUGCCUGCGGGUCGUCUGCCUCGCCACAGAGAAGUCAUUCUUCUAUGGGAUCUGAUUGAUUCAGCCAAGCCUGGUGAGGAGGUUGAAAUCACUGGCAUCUACCGCAACAACUACGAUGCGGCUUUGAAUAAUAAGAACGGUUUCCCUGUCUUUGCGACCGUUCUCGAGGCCAACCACGUCGUCAAGUCCCAUGACCAACUCUCUGGCUUUAGGCUGACAGAGGAUGACGAAAAACAGAUUCGCGCUAUGGCAAAUGAUCCUCAGAUUAUAAACAAAAUCAUCAACAGUAUUGCGCCAAGUAUUUACGGCCACACUGAUAUCAAGACAGCUGUUGCACUUAGUCUGUUCGGAGGUGUGAGCAAGGAAGCACAAGGCAAGCACGCGAUCAGAGGUGAUAUCAAUGUGCUGCUUCUCGGAGACCCUGGUACCGCAAAGUCACAGGUGCUGAAGUACGUAGAAAAUACUGCCCACAGAGCCGUCUUUGCCACAGGUCAGGGUGCUUCAGCUGUAGGUUUGACCGCCUCAGUCAGACGCGAUCCUAUGACAUCGGAGUGGACUCUGGAAGGAGGUGCCCUGGUGCUGGCAGACAAGGGAACCUGCCUGAUCGAUGAGUUCGACAAGAUGAACGACCAGGACCGCACUUCCAUCCACGAAGCCAUGGAACAACAAACAAUCUCCAUUUCUAAGGCCGGUAUCGUCACAACACUACAAGCUCGCUGCGCAGUAGUUGCAGCGGCCAACCCCAUCGGAGGCAGAUACAACGGCACUGUUCCCUUCAGUCAAAACGUCGAACUCACCGAGCCCAUUCUCUCACGUUUUGAUAUCCUCUGCGUGGUUCGCGAUACUGUCGAUCCAGAGGAAGAUGAACGCCUGGCUGCGUUCGUCGUAAACUCGCACGGAAGAGCUCACCCUACCAUCAGCAGUGCCGCCAAUGAUGCACCGGUCAACAGCAUGCAGGAUGCUAACAUGGAGGUUGACGGCGACCAAGGUACCUCCAAGCAAGGCGAGAUUCCACAAGAGAUGUUGAGAAAGUACAUUCUCUAUGCUCGCGAGAAGUGCCGUCCUAAAUUGGUCUCGAUCGAUCAAGACAAGAUUGCGAGAUUGUUUGCGGAUAUGCGUAAGGAGAGUCUUGCUACAGGUGCUUAUCCCAUUACCGUCCGUCAUCUGGAAUCCAUCCUCCGUAUCGCUGAGGCCUUUGCCAAAAUGCGCCUGUCGGAAUUCUGCAGCAGCACAGACAUUGACCGUGCCAUUGCUGUAGCUGUUGACUCGUUCGUUGGCAGUCAAAAGGUCAGCUGCAAGAAGGCAUUGGCUAGAGCAUUUGCCAAAUAUACUCUUGCCAGACCCGGUGCUGUGCGCAAGAACAGGAAUGCUAGAGCCGGUGCUGCCAAUAUUGGUGUUGCUGCUUGA